UCUUCUUUCUCACCCCACAAUAUCUGGAUUCCGAAAUCGGGAAUGCUAAGCACACCAUAAGAAUGGCGAUUACGUGUUCCACUUCUGUUUUUGCUUUUUGGUACCAAAGUCUGUGUUUUCAAUUUUCAAAACCCUAAAUGUAUAGAAGGAAAAGAAAGAAGAAAAAGUCAAUUCUAUCUUCUUUAUAUUUCUUCUGUUUGUUUGUUCGAUUGAGAAGGGCGAAAGUUUUCUUCUGAAAGAGUGCAUACUCAUGCGUGUAAUGUAUAGAGCACAGAACUAAAUGAGAGGAGAGGAAACAUCAAGCAAUUAUUCUAUGCCUAGAACUGGUUCUGGGAAGAAAGCAAUGAGAAGUUGCAACAUGCGAGAGCAUCUUGAUAACGUUGUUAUCAUUGAUGUUGACAGUGAUGGAAUUGACAAUGUUAUUAUCAUUGAUGUUCCUGAAUCUUUGCAACAGAAGUUUAAAGGUUCAAGUGUACUUAGAGAAGGAAAAAGAUUCCCAAUUCAGGGGAUUAUAAGCAUUGAUGAUGAUGAAAGUGAUUAUGGAGACCAUCCUGAAUUUAAUGUGGAAAAUGAUAGGGGCGUAGAGUGUGACGAUAACCCAGGCAAAAAUAGUCCUGCCUCCGAGUCUAUGAAGAAAUCUGAAGAUGCAGAUGCCCAAGAUUGCCAGGUUGUUCUGGAAAAAAGAUCUGCAUUCAAGUCAUCAAAAUGCAAGACAGCCUAUACUAAGAAAUCUCCCUCUAGAAAUCGUUAUGGUUUGAAUUCUGAGUCUGAAAGUGAUUCAUCUGAAAGCAGUUCUUCUGAUUGUGAAGUUAUGGAAGGUUCUUCCAGUGAUCUUCGCAAACAGUGGGAAAAAGCUUCUCUAAAGAGAAAAUCACAUAUCUAUCGUAAGAGCCAAUCUGUGCUGGAGGGUCAGGAAAGUCCAUGCAGUUCCCACAGUGAUAAUCAUUCAAAUGUUAGAGUAGAAAACAGGACUAAACAAAAUCAAGAAGAGCCGGUUUGCUCCAGUUCAAAAAAUGUGAACUUUCAAGAGGAAAGUUUGUCUUAUUCUAAUGCUUCUGGAGAUGUGUUUGUAGGCAGUGCUUUCAAUCCUGGAAUGGAAUGUCCCUUUGCAAGAUCUGAACAGAAAAUUGAUAAGGAAAGUUCUUCAUGGUGGUGGAACUCGGCAUGGGGAAAGGAAGCUCAUAAGAAGGCUGAUGUUAAAUUAAGAGGAGAGACAUGCAUGGACAAUUGCAGUUCUCUUCAUGAUGAAAGUCAAAGUGUGAAUGGAUGUGACAAUAGGUUUCAGAAUGAAAGAAAAGAUCCUCUCAGGCCUCCUCCUCCAUGUUCGAUUCACAAGGGGGGAACUGAACAAUGUCAAUGUCAUGAUACAAGAAACUCGUUUCAGCAUGGCAACCAAAGAACAAUAGGAGAACAUUCUUGUCCAAGUUUCCAACAGAAACCUAACUUAAAUGUUGAUUAUGAGAGAGACAGUAUAUAUGAUAAAGAUGCUUCUUUGUGCAAGAGUCAGUUUUUGGGUGAAACAUGCAGUGUUAGUCUCAGGAAUGGUGUUUCCAGGGAGAAGGGUGCAAACUUCACACCUGUACCUCCUAGCUUCAACACUUGCUCAAAUGUUGCGAAGCAUAAUAGUACUGAUUCUAAGGAUAAAGAUAAAGUAGAUUCUGGAAUAUUAAGUUCUAUAGAAGGAGAUGCCCCGUUUAAUAAUUCCUCUUCUGAUAUUCCAAUUUCCGAUGGAAAGAAUACUUUGUAUACUCUAAAUCCUGAUGUAAUCCAUGGCAUGCAAAGAGAUAUAAUCAACGAGAGAGAAAAGCUCAAGGAGACCGAUGAAUACAAGCGAGCAGAAGAGGAAGAAUGGGCAGCCAGGCAGCGACAACUGCAAAUUCAGGCAGAAGAAGCUAUGAGACUGCGAAAGAGACGAAAAGCUGAAAGUUUGCGUAUUUUAGACGUGGAGAAACGGCAAAAGCAGCGUGUGGAAGAAAUGAGAGAGACACAGAGAAAGGACGAGGAAAAUUUGAACAUGAAAGAGAAUCUUCGUGCUGAAGUGAGGAAGGAGCUUUACAAAUUGGAAAACACAUGCAUUGAUAUGGCUUCACUGCUUCGUGGCUUGGGUAUCCAUGUGGGAGGUGGAUUCUAUCCCUUGUCACACGAGGUGCAUGCAGCUUAUAAACGAGCCUUGUUGAAAUUUCACCCUGACCGAGCAUCAAGAGCAGACAUACGAGAGCAGGUUGAGGCUGAGGAAAAAUUUAAGCUUAUUUCUCGCAUGAAGGAAAAAAUUUUAUCCACUUCAUGUCACUGAGUGCUAACAAAAGGUUAAUUACCAUAUUUUUUUUAUUUAUAUUGGUUGAGAAUUGUUGUAUCUGCUGCUUCUGCUUCUACUUCUACUUCUACUUCGAACAAUACAUGGUACUUGGCAUUUUUUUAGCCUGUUGGCCCCAGGUAGGUUGAUCAUAUUUGUAAAGCAGUUGCCAAUAGUUUGUUGUUAGAGAAGGAAGCCAUGAUCUUAAAAAUUUGCUCAUCACUUCUAAUUGAAGCACCCGGAUUAUUCUUCAA